CAACCUGCAUUCUCUAUGGACGGUGACUAUGUCAUUGGGGGUGUUUUCUCCAUGCACUCCAACAUGCACACUGGGAAGCAUAACUACACCACCAUGCCCGAGCCACUAAGCUGCGCAGGGAGCAUCGACUCCCGUGGACUGCGCUUCUCACGUGCAAUGGUAUUCGCCAUCGAGCAGAUUAACAACAGCACGGAGCUGCUUCCGGGGAUCAAGCUUGGUUAUGAGAUCUAUGACUCAUGUGCCUCGGUGUCCGUGGCGGUGCAUGUUGCAUUUCAGCUUUCAGGGGGAAUGGACCGGGGGUUUAACACCGGCGACAAAUGCUCGCAGUCUGGUAUGGUGAUGGGCGUCGUUGGUGCGUCUGAGUCCACGCCUUCCAUCAGUGUGUCGCGCAUCAUCGGGCCCUUCAACAUACCUCAAGUGAGCCACUUUGCCACGUGUGCAUGCCUGUCUGAUAAGCAGCAGUACCCGAGUUUCUUCAGAACAAUCCCGAGUGAUCAAUUCCAGGCUGACGCGCUGGCCAAGCUGGUCAAACACUUUGGCUGGACUUGGAUAGGUGCUGUUUGGUCGGAUUCUGACUAUGGCAACAAUGGUAUGGCAUCGUUCCUGCAUGCAGCACGUAAAGAGGGGAUCUGUGUGGAAUACUCUGAGUCUUUCUAUCGGACCCACCCACGUAGCCGGAUCCAGAGAGUAGCUGACGUUAUCCGCAGGUCAACAGCUAAGGUUGUUGUGGCAUUUAUUUCCACUGCCGAUAUGAAGAUUCUGCUGGAGGAGCUGUCACGCAAGCCUUCCCCACCUCGCCAGUGGAUAGGUAGUGAGUCCUGGGUAACUGACCCAGACAUGCUGAGGUUCAGCUUCCUUGCUGGAGCCAUCGGAUUUGGCAUUGAAAAAUCUGUCAUCCCAGGUCUGAGGGACUUCCUGCUGGAUCUCUCUCCCUCUAAAGUAGCUGACUCCGCAUUACUUACCAUGUUCUGGGAGGAAGCAUUCAACUGCAGGCUGGUAAAAAGUGAAGCCACGGACAGGAGUGUGUGUGAUGGAACUGAAGAUAUAAAGACGCUCCAGAGCUCAUACACUGACACAUCUCAACUUCGAGUCACUAACAUGGUGUACAAGGCUGUCUAUGCAAUAGCGCAUGCCAUUCAUAACGCAGUGUGUCAAAAAACUGAUUCUACUACACAGUGUGAUAAGUUCACUAAGCUAGAGGCCAAAGAGGUUCUUAAUCAGCUGAAAAAAGUUAAUUUUUCCCAAAAUGGUUAUGAUGUGUCAUUUGAUGCCAACGGGGAUCCUGUGGCCACAUAUGAGCUGGUAAACUGGCAAAGAAAUGAGAGUGGCAGCAUUGAGUUGGUGACUGUGGGGCGAUACGAUUCAUCACUGCCGGUGGGCCAGGAGUUCCUUAUCAACAGGAACCUCACCUGGGUGGAGAGUGGCACACAGGUGCCUGUGUCAGUGUGCACUGACAGCUGUCCUUCAGGAACUCGUAAAGUGCUUCAGAAAGGAAAACCCAUCUGCUGUUAUGACUGUACACCGUGUCCCGAGGGAGAGAUUAGCAAUGCUACAGAUUCCUUUGAUUGUUUCCCUUGCCCCAAGGCAUUUUGGCCUAAUGCAGAGAGAGAUACAUGUCUUCCCAAACCUGUAGAGUUUCUUUCCUUCAACGAGCCCCUUGGAAUUGUCUUGGCUGCUUUUUCAAUCGGUGGUGCCUGUCUCGCCAUUAUAACAGCGGCUGUGUUCUAUCGUCACAGGAGCUCACCAAUUGUCAGGGCCAACAACUCUGAGCUGAGCUUCUUGCUGCUCUUCUCCCUGACUCUAUGUUUCUUAUGUUCAUUAACGUUCAUUGGAGCACCCUCGGAAUGGUCCUGCAUGCUGCGCCACACAGCGUUUGGGAUCACAUUCGUCCUCUGCAUGUCUUGUGUUCUUGGAAAAACUAUAGUAGUUCUGACGGCCUUCAGAGCUACACUACCAGGUAGUAAUUUGAUGAAAUGGUUUGGGCCUUCACAGCAAAGAUUGACUGCAGUGUCUUUCACAUUUAUUCAAGUUUUGAUAUGUACUAUUUGGUUAGUUCUUAGUCCCCCCUUUCCAAUGAAAAACCUCACGACAUACAAGGAGAGAAUCAUCCUGGAGUGCGCAUUAGGAUCAGCUUUGGGCUUCUGGGCUGUACUUGGGUAUAUAGGCUUACUGGCUGUCUUUUGCUUUGUGUUAGCUGUCCUAGCUCGGAAACUACCUAAUAACUUUAAUGAAGCCAAGCUUAUCACAUUCAGCAUGUUGAUAUUCUGUGCAGUCUGGAUCACAUUUAUCCCAGCAUAUGUCAGCUCUCCUGGGAAAUAUACGGUGGCUGUGGAGAUAUUUGCCAUUCUGGCCUCCAGUUUUGGACUAAUUACGUGUAUAUUCGCUCCAAAAUGUUUUAUUAUUUUAUUUAAGCCAGAGAAAAACACCAAGAAACAUUUAAUGAGCAGGGCCACAGAACAGCUACCACAGCAAACCCCAGCUCACACCUUGCAGUGGGGCUGUGUGCUGAGCCCUCUCCUGUACUCGCUCUACACCCACGACUGCAGUCCAGCCCACCCAGAGAACAUCAUCGUCAAGUUUGCUGACGACACCACUGUGGUGGGGCUUAUCUCAGGAGGAGACGAGUCGGCCUACAGGAGUGAGGUACUGAAGCUCUCAGCGUGGUGUUCAGUGAACAACCUGGCACUGAACCCCACAAAAACCAAAGACAUCAUCGUAGACUUCAGGAGGAAUACUACCGACCUCGCUCCCCUCUACAUUUACGGCGAGUGUGUGGAGAGGGUCCACACCUUCAAGUUCCUCGGUGUCCUCAUCACCAACAACCUUUCCUGGAAGGACAACACCACAGCUGUCAUCAAGAAGGCCCAGCAGCGUCUGCACUUCCUGAGGGUGCUCAGGAAGAACAACUUGGCCACUAAGCUGCUGGUGACCUUCUACCGCUCUACCAUCGAGAGCCUAUUAACAUACUGCAUCACAGUGUGGUACGCCAGCUGCACUGAGGCAGACAGGAUGAGGCUCCAGAGAGUUGUAAAAGCAGCACAGAGGAUCAUCGGCUGCCUUCUCCCCUCCCUGAUGGACAUUUACACCUCCCGCUGCCUCAGUAGAGCCAAAAACAUUGUUAAGGACAAUUCACACCCCGGCUUUCACCUGUUCAACCUGCUGCCCUCCGGCAGGCGCUACAGGCUGUUCAGCCACAUCUGCAUGGGGCGCAACGACAGCGGGCCUAAGGGCCCAACGGCAGAGGCAGCCGUCAGUCUGCCCAAGGGCCGGAAGGCACCAUCUUGCCCGGCCUACGUGGAA